UGACAGUUUAUCUGUGUUGACUGUUGUGGAAUUUGAAGGUACUGAUUUUUCAUAAUAAUAUCCAUACAAUCUCUCAAUGAUUUAGAAAUGUCCAAUGGAUUUAGACAAUGUUUAAGAAUUUGAUUACAAUAUAACUCGAUGUUCAGUAAUAUAUUUGUAUUUACUAAUCGUUUAUUUAUUUCUGUACAAAAUUGAAGCAAUUGAUUAAUUUUCGUUUACACCAGUCCUUCGUUUGUUUGUCAGAUUUUACAAUGCACUACACGAUUCAACCCGUAGUGGGUCCAGAACUGUUUGAAGUUUUUGAAAUUAGACGUUUAUUUGAUUUGUUCGAUGUGAUUUCCGUUCACAAAAUUGUCAAUCCAUUACUAUGGGGGUUAUAUAAUCUCCGUAAGAAAGAGAUGGAAAACACAUGUCAAAAUGAGGUGGAGGAACUAUUUUUGUACCAUGCAACGUCCACCAGCAAUAUAAACUCCAUAGCGGAAUUCAAUUUAGAUUGGCGUUGCACAAGUCGCAGUCGGUACGGGAAAGGCGUAAACUUCUCCCAUUGUCCUAUUUAUGCCAAUAGAUAUGCAUCAUAUGCUACCGUAUGCGACGAGGUCACAAUAGAUGUCUUGACAAAAAUGGGUUUCCCUAAAGAAGCGAUUAAGCGUGCCGUAAUUUUAUCCUAUGGAUCAUUAGAAAAUGCCACAAAAUGGCUAAUGGAACACAUCAUGGACCCUGACUAUGCUGAAAAUGCAUUAAUAAACGAUGAUGAACCAGUUGAAAGAACUUUUGUUUUGUGUUCCGUAUUAUGCCAAAAAGUGAAAGAAGUGGGAGUAAGCUACAAUUUAAAGGUAAUCCCUAACUUUUAUGAUACUGCCCGAUCGAGAAAUGGCAACGUAUGGAUUAAGUUCAACGAUUUCGAGUUUUAUCCGUAUUACGUGAUACAGUACAAAGAGCGGUCUACGACAAAUUAUGACUCAAAUAUUGACUUUUCUGUUGACACAUUUUAAGUAUACUGAUUUUUUAAUUUUUUAUUUGAGUUUGUUAAGUUGUUUGUUUAACAACAUUAUCGUGUUAAAAGUGUUAUUAUUUCAUUUUUAUGUUACCAAGUAUGUGUAUGUGUUAAUUUAUAAACUUAAUAAUGUACUUAUUUUUAAAAUCGAUACAAGUUUAAACCCUAUGGUAU